CAAAGCACAUUGUUCACCCUCAUCUGAAUGCGAGAGAAAGUGUCGCUCUCUCUGGAACUCUGUGCGCUGGGGAAAACUAAAAAAGACUCUUGGAUCGCUGUCAGCAGCAGUGUUUGGAGACGAGCGUUUAAAGGUUUUACUUUUGGACUGUUUGGUUUGAGUCCAGGAGGCCAAAAUGGAAAUGCACUUGGCAGAGGCCCCAGGCACGGUGAAGGUCUCAGAGUGGCAGCAGUCGUAUUAUGGGACAGAUUCAGGCAUCCAGUCUGGAGCCACUACGGUUCGCUCAGAUGAAGAUGGAGCACAGUACAGCACCAAGAAAUUCUCCUACACCACCACAUUCACAGAGAACCCUGCAGACGUGGAGUCUCAAUAUAAUAUGACUCGGGCCCAGCGCAUAAGAGCGGCCAUGUUUCCUGAGACGGUGAUGGAGGGAACGGCCGUCCUCUCCACGCAGAUGGAUCUGUCCCAGCAGACCAAUGUACAGAAGCUGGCCGAACCGUCUCAGCAGCUCAAAGCCGCCAUCAUUCAUCUCAUCAACUACCAGGACGACGCCGAACUCGCCACCCGCGCCAUUCCAGAGCUCACCAAACUCCUCAAUGAUGAGGACCAGGUCGUGGUGAAUAAGGCAGCAAUGAUCGUGAACCAGCUGACCCGCAAGGAGGCGUCCCGCCGGGCUCUGAUGCAGUCCCCGCAGAUGGUGGCCGCUGUUGUGAGAGCCAUGCAGAACACGUCUGACAUGGAGACGACCCGCGCCACAGCCAGCAUCCUGCACAACCUUUCACACCAGCGCGAGGGGCUGCUCGCCAUCUUCAAAUCAGGAGGCAUUCCCGCUCUGGUGCGCAUGCUGAGCUCUCCGAUGGAUUCGGUUCUUUUCUAUGCCAUCACCACCCUGCACAAUCUGCUUCUGCAUCAGGAGGGAGCCAAGAUGGCAGUGCGUCUGGCUGACGGUCUGCAGAGGAUGGUUCCCCUGCUGAAGAAAAGCAACCACAAGUUUCUAGCCAUCACCACAGACUGCCUACAGCUGCUUUCCUAUGGCAACCAGGAGAGCAAGCUCAUUAUCCUGGCUAACGGUGGCCCUGAGGGUCUAGUGAACAUCAUGAGGACCUACAACUAUGAGAAGCUGCUCUGGACCACUAGCCGUGUGCUCAAAGUGCUCUCAGUCUGUCCUAGUAACAAACCCGCUAUUGUAGAUGCCGGUGGAAUGCAAGCUAUUGGUAAGCAUCUGAGCGGCUCUAGUCAGCGUCUGACGCAAAACUGCCUGUGGACCUUGAGAAACUUGUCAGAUGCUGCAACCAAACAGGACGGAAUGGAAAAUCUGCUCCAAGUGCUGGACGGCCUGCUGUCCUCUGAUGACAUCAACAUGCUCACCUGCGCCACAGGCAUCCUGUCCAACCUCACCUGCAACAACACACGCAACAAAACACAGGUGACCCAGAGCAACGGCGUGGAGGCUCUGAUUCACACCAUCCUGAGGGCCGCUUCAAAACAAGACGUGAUCGAGCCAGCCGUCUGCGCCCUGCGUCACCUGACCAGCCGGCACCCGGAGGCCGAGAUCGCACAGAAUGCCGUUCGAAUGCAUUACGGCAUCCCGGCUAUCGUCAAAUUGCUCAAUCAGCCCUACUACUGGCCAGUCGUAAAGGCUGUGGUUGGUCUGAUCCGUAACCUGGCGCUGUGUCCAGCCAAUCAGGCUCCUUUGAGAGAUGCCGAAGCCAUUCCCAAACUGGUCACUUUGCUUACGAAAGCUCAUCAAGAUGCACAGAAACACGGUUCAUCUGCUCAACAAACAUACCAGGAUGGAGUGAGAAUGGAGGAGAUUGUGGAGGGCUGCACUGGUGCUCUGCAAAUCAUGGCCAGAGAUCCUGUUAACAAAGUCACCAUCGCCAGCAUGGACACCAUUCCUCUGUUUGUUCAGCUGUUGUAUUCUCCACUGGAUAACGUCAAGCGUGUGGCAGCUGGAGUUCUGUGUGAACUGGCUCUCGACAAACAGUCGGCUGAGAUCAUUGAUUCGGAAGGAGCCAGUGCUCCUCUCAUGGAGCUCCUCCACUCCAGCAACGAAGGGAUCGCCACCUAUGCUGCUGCUGUUCUCUUCAGAAUUUCUGAGGACAAAAACCCAGACUAUAAGAAACGAGUGUCGGUGGAGCUCACGCACUCGCUCUUCAAACAUGACCCUGCUGCUUGGGAGAUGGCACACAACCCCAUGAUGGAACCUGGCCUUCCAGAGGAUGAGCUCGAUGGAUACGGCCCCGUGGCAUAUCAAGGAUACAGCGAUGGCAUGCAUAUGGACAGUAUGCCACUAGAUCAAGAAAUGCCAGAGGAUUUUGUGCCAGGCAUGGGUUACAACUCCAUAGCCAGAGCCUACCAUGAUUACUAACAGCCCGAUGAUGCCACUGAAAGAGGGUUAUGAAAAAUACAAGAGACAGACACUCCUGGCAGAGUUUUUUUUCCAUCGCUGGAUGCCUGUGGUCCAUUUCUCAGCAAACACACACUGACACUGCUAUAAUAUAUGCAAUUCUCACUGUGCUGGGAGAGGCAGAAUCGAGCACAACUUUAACCUGCCUUUAUAAAAGGAUGACAGCAUGAUGCAAUUUACACGUCUUUUUGUAGAAAAUGUUAUAUUUUAGUGUUUCUUAUGGGUGCAUUAAUACAUUGUUGGUAAGAGGACUGGUUAACUAUGCCAAAGAGAUUUUAUUAUAAUAUUUUAUAAUGAUAAUCACAUUGCUUUUUAUAGUUGUAAGAUUUUAGAAAAUGCGAUCAAUGAUUUAGACUUGUGAUCUCACAAUAACUGACCCGAGGUCAGCUUUAUAGCUUCGUUCACAGUGGUUUUAGACAGCUGAUCAGCUUUUGUGAGUGGAAAUGUCUGGCAUGUUGAUUUCCUACAGCGCUUAGAACUCAAUACAGUGCAUCUCCAUGUUUCCUCCUUUGCUGAGACUGUCGAAUACUGGAGUUUUUACAUGUUAACCUUUUCCCACUUGUUUUUUUCACUCCAAAUAUUUGUUUUGCUAAAAUUGUCUUAAUGUAUAGACAAGGAAAUACUGAUUUUGUUUGUUUUGCAUUGCAAUGUGUAUGGAGAUCUUUUUAUUUGCGUGAUAAAUGCUGUGCUGAUUGCAAAGGGACUAAUGUUUAACCAAACAAUUAAACCUCGAGUUAUAAAAACUAGCUUCACAUUUGUUCGAAUACUAACUCCUCUUAGGAGGCAAGCAGAACAAAGGGAUUCUUUGUAGCGUUUUUACUUCACACUUUAUCCAAAAAAAUGAAAUAAAAUCAUGUUAACUAAU